AUGUCAAAUUGUGACAGAAGUUUAGCCGAGGACUCGUAUUUCUCUCGGAUGGCCUCGACAGACAACUCCCUCACUCUGUUGGAUCACUCUGUUGGGUCUUCUUCUGGAUGGGACUUGGACAACACCAAAGAAAACAUCAACAUUGUGGAACGUAGCGGUGUCUCUAGUUUGUACCUGUCCUGCUUUGACAUGCUGCUCACACAGGACGCUCUCAGUCUGGAUAAAGUUUCGGAGGCGUCUCCAGCGUCGGUGGCUCCUCUGACUCUGCUGGAGCCCAGAGAGGAGCCGGAACAGUGUCCGAUCAUCGACAGCCAGGAGCAGGGCCUGUCCCCGUCCUGUGAGAUAGACGAGCAAGAGGAUGACCGUUCUCUGGAGCAAGUGCAGAGCAUGGUGGUGGGAGAGGUGCUCAAAGACAUCGAAACAGCCUGCAAACUUCUCAACAUCACACCAGACCCCUUCGAGUGGAACACCAGUCACGUUCAGAAGUGGCUGCUGUGGACGGAGCACCUGUACAGGUUGCCUCACGUGGGGAAAGUCUUCCAGGAGCUGUCAGGGAAAGACUUGUGUGACAUGAGCGAAGAGGAGUUUCAACAGCGGUCCCCCCACAGUGGAGACACACUCCACGCUCAUCUGGACAUCUGGAAGUCAGCCGCUUGGAUGAAGGAAAGAUGCACCGUGGCAGAUACCAAAGUGACUGCAGGAUGGUCCGAGGCAGAUUCUUCUUCUUCUGGACAGCCCAUCCAUUUGUGGCAAUUUCUUAAAGAACUUCUUCUGAAACCGCACAACUAUGGCCGCUGCAUCCGUUGGCUUAAUAAAGAAAAAGGUAUUUUCAAGAUAGAAGACUCGGCUCACGUGGCCAGACUCUGGGGCCUCCGGAAGAACAGGCCGGCCAUGAACUAUGACAAGCUGAGCCGCUCCAUUCGACAGUACUACAAGAAGGGGAUCAUCCGCAAACCAGACGUGUCCCAGAGACUGGUGUAUCAGUUUGUCCGCCCGGUGUGA